GAAAAAUGGCGCGCAAGAUUCUGGUCACCGGCGGCGCCGGCUACAUCGGCACCCAUACCUGCAUUGAGCUCAUCGCGGCUGGGUUUGAGGUGAUCAUUGUGGACAAUCUCAUCAACGCCUCGCGAGUGGCGGUGGAGCGCGUGGAAGAGAUCGUGGGCCAGAAAAUCACAUUUCUUGAGAUCGACUUGCUGGACAAGGAGGCCAUCGACAAGGUGUUUGCAGAGCAUGAGUUCUUUGCCGUGAUCCAUUUUGCUGGCCUCAAGGCCGUGGGUGAGUCGACGCAAAAGCCCUGGCUCUACUACCACAACAACAUCACUGGCACCCUGAACCUGCUUGAUUCCAUGAAGCAACACAAGUGCUUCAACCUCGUCUUCUCGUCCUCGGCUACCGUGUACGGCGACCCAAAGUAUCUGCCCCUCGAUGAGAAGCACCCCGUUGGUGCCUGCACCAACCCCUAUGGCAAGACAAAGUACUUCAUCGAGGAGAUGUGCCGGGACAUGGCCAAGGCCGAUAGCCAAUGGAACAUUGUUCUUCUGCGCUACUUCAACCCGAUUGGAGCUCAUGCCUCCGGUCGCAUCGGCGAAGACCCUCAGGGCAUCCCCAACAACCUUCUCCCCUUUGUAGCGCAGGUCGCUGCCGGCCGCCGGCCGCACGUCAACGUUUUUGGCGAUGACUACGAUACACCCGAUGGCACGGGCGUGCGCGACUACAUCCACGUCGUCGAUCUCGCUUUGGGCCACGUAGCCAGCCUGCGCAAGCUCGAGAAGCCCUGCGGCUGUGUCGUCUAUAACUUGGGCACCGGCAAGGGCGUUUCUGUGCUUGAAAUGAUCAAGGCAUUCGGGAAGGCGGCUGGUCGUGACAUCCCCUACCAGAUUGCCCCUCGCCGCCCUGGUGACAUUGCCUCUUGCUAUGCCGAUGCCUCGGCAGCAAAGAAGGACCUGGAUUGGGUCGCCACGCGUACCGUCGAACAGGCCUGCGAAGACUCGUGGCGCUGGCAAUCAAACAAUCCCAACGGCUUCAAUGCUUAAACUGCAGUCCAAGGCGCCUCGCAUUCUCAUGUGGCCGUGGCUCCACGUUGCGACAUGUCAAUCU